AUGGCAGGAAUCGCUCUCCUUGGUGCCGGCAUCUUUGCCCGUCAUGAACACCUCCCCGCCAUCCUCGCCUCCCCAGACUUGCUCUCCCUCAAAGCAGUCUACUCCCGUUCUCAGACCUCCUCCGUUGCCCUAGCCGACGCCCUCCCCGCCGACGGCCCCAAGCCAGACAUCUACUAUGACUCCCCCUCCGAGCCCGGCCGCGGCCUGGCUGACCUCCUCAAGAGAGACGACAUCGUCGCCGUGGACGUUGCGUUGCCUAUUCUGGCCCAGCCCGAGGUGAUCAAAGCUGCUCUCAAGGCCGGAAAGCACGUCCUUUCCGAGAAGCCCGUCGCGGCCGAUGUCAAGGGGGCAAGGGAGUUGAUCAAGUGGUACGAGACUGAAUUGCCAGCCGAGAAGAAGCCGCUGUGGGGUGUGGCGGAGAACUUUCGGUACAUGAAGAGUUUGGUGUUUGCUGGGGAGGAGGUCAAGAGGAUUGGAGGCCGGGUGGUGAGCUUCAAGCUGGAGAAGUUUGGGUGGGUGGCGGAGGAUAACAAGUAUUUCAACACUCAGUGGCGCAAGGUUCCUGACUACCAGGGUGGAUUCUUGCUGGACGGUGGAGUGCAUUUUGUGGCUGCGCUGCGAUACUUGCUUGGGGCUUCUGGACAGGAGUUGAGCAAGGUGGCUGCGUAUACCGCUCUUUUGGAAGAGAGAUUACAGCCUCUGGAUACCAUCCACGGUGUUGCUUCGACCAAGCAGGGCGUGAAUGGCUCGAUUGUCCUUUCUUUUGGGACCGAGUUCAAGAACGGGACGGAUUUGGAGAUCAUCACAACCAAUGGAACUGUCAGCUGGAGCCCAACCGAGGUCAAGACUGUGACCAAGGAGGGGGAGAGCAAGAAAGAGUUUGAGUACAGCUCUGGUGUUGGCGAGGAGGUGGCUGUGUUUGCACGGGCUAUCAAGGCCGGCACUGGAAAGGUCGACGGUCUGCAGACUCCCGAGGAAGCGUUCAGGGACUUGGAGGUUUUGGAAGGAUUGCUAGAGUCUGGAUCUGGGGGCGCCAAGGUGAAGGAGAUGUCGGUUUAA